CCCAAAACAAGCAACCGUUCUCAUACAUCUCUCUCUGUGAAUUGAUGGCAUCAAGCUGCAUGAGCUCGUCAACGUGGACGACAAAGCAAAACAAGAAGUUCGAGAAGGCGUUGGCAGUGUACGACAAGGACACUCCCGAUCGUUGGGAAAACGUUGCCAAAGCUGUCGGAGGGAAAUCCCCCGAAGAAGUCAAGCAUCAUUACGACAUCCUCGUCGAAGAUCUCAUGAACAUCGAGAGGGACAGAGUCCCUUUGCCCAAGUAUAAGACUCUCUCACGACGCAUCGAUGACUUCGAUUCAAGGUUGAUGAAGAAUCUGAAGAUCUAGCGAAAGAUCUAGUGAAGUUUCUUCGCCUUCGACAUUAUUGUCAAGAAAUUGUGUAAAGAUUAUAAAAAAAAUGCUUGUGAGUGUUAAGUAAUAUGCUUUUUUAAAUGAUGUUUUGUAUCCGUUCCUUUUGUACUUCCUUCUCCUUAAAUGUGUUCCAUUCCAAGUUAAAGCUA